AUGGAGGAACACGAUUAAUGUCAUGAGGAACUGUGUAUUUCAAUUGUUGAAUCAUAGACAAUAACCAAAAGCAUUAUAAAGUAAAUUCUGCAUCAAAGUCAGACCAUCAUUGUCAACAAACACAUAAACUCUAUCUUGCCUUUACUAGGAUACAAUUGGUUCAGAGAAUAGGUUAUCGUACUGAUGGAUGAGUAUAAUUUGAGAAAUGACGAUUUUGAAGAAAACGUAAUCGAGGACUCUGAACCUAUAGCUGUCAACACAGAACAUUGGAGAAGAUGUCAAGGUCAAGUCAAAUAAGUUACAUCGAGGGAAAACUCCAAAUCUCCUGUGCUCAAGAGAAGUGAUACAAAAAGAAUGUCGAAAUUGGUAACCAUGAAAACCUCCAGACAAAGCGAGUGCUUCAAUUCCCAGCUUAUCAAAAUGGGCGAGUUGGAAGAAGAUUAAGAAUUUGAUCCCAAUAUUGAAAGCAUUAGAUAGGCUAAACUAAGAUAAAUCUCAAUUCAAUAAUAAAAAGAAUAGAAUGACAAAAUUAAAAUCCUCGAAGUCCAAGAAUAAGUGAAACAAUUGAAAAGAUUGAAUGUGGAUGCCAAAUCCAAAUACACCUUCGAUUAUGAAGGCAAGGUUGUUGUCUAAAAACCCCCAGAUAUUGAUAGAUAUCCAAAAUCAUUUUAAAAUAUCAGUGAAAAACGAAGUUUAGUGGAGGUGAGAGAUCUCAUCCCAAAUCACAAGAUGCAAUCAGAACUCAUACAAUUAACUAGUAAGAACAAUCAAAACAUUGGCUAAAAUAACCAAUUUGCCGUCAAAACAUCAGUCCCACAAAUUGAUUUAAUUAUCAUGAAGGAAGGUGUUACCUUCUAUGAUGGCAAACAAGAAAAGAAAAAGGACAGAGUGCUUCCCUUGAUGGAUAUCAAAGACCCACUCCAAUUGCAGUAAACACUGUAAAAAUAAAAUGUAUAAAUGACUAAAUUAGAAUACUAAUAAAUUACUAGCACUUCAUCUAAUAAUAAUACAUUCUAAAAUAAAACUAUGAGUCUUUCAAGCUAUUAAUAAUAAUAACAACACUAACUUACGAAUAGAUCUUAAUAAUAAAAUGACAAUUUAUUAAAUAUGAAUGACAGUCUCCUAAGUUAGAGAGCCCCUAAAAAUCUAACUACGAUGAAUCAUUCCAUCUCCUCCUCGAUCUUGCAAAGGUUGAAUGGUUCCAUAUCCAUCUUAAGUGAAUAAUAAAUUGAGGAAUUACUUGUCCCUUAAACUGAAGGGAAUAAGGAUUAAAAGGAACACCCUUUGUUUCUGAAAAGAAAGAAGACAGAAUUAGAUGUGAAACCAUCAAAAUCUGUGCCAACUCUUACCUUUGAAUUGCCAUAGAUCCCUCCAAACAUUCUAUGUAAUACACUAAGUAAAUUGCCUAAAUCCUUUCAAAGCCAAGGCACUUUUCCUAAAUUAAUUCCCAAGUUUCCCAGACAGAGGAUUUCUAAAUAAGCUAUACAAUUAAAAAUCGAAACAUGA